AGACGUCGCCAGAUAGCGGUUUUCGAUUUGGCGAGAGUAGAAAGAAUGAAACAGCCUGGUUUUGUAAGAGACCGGUGGGCGACUUCAGAAAUACAUUGAAUAUAGUUUUACUGUUUAUGGAAGUACGGCGAUCUACGAGGAUAGAAAUAGCAAUGAAAUGAAUACAGUGGAAGCCAAGCAGCCAAGAUAGGUAGUAUGAAAGGGAGGGAGUAUAAUUGGAUGCUGAGAAGCAACUAAAAGGAGUAUAGAUUCUACCGGGUUCCGAAUCAGAGACCGGUGGAGGCAGAGGAGUAUAGAUUCUACUGAGUUUCGAAUUAGAGACCUGUGGAGGCAGUGGCUUUUUUAUAAGUUCAAUCACAGAGGAAAGUUCAGGAAGAAAAUCAAGAAGCGAGGGUUCACGUAUGGGGAGCUACAGGCUGGUGAAACUUAUGGCGGAGGAUAUAAUUUCAGAGGAGGCGCUAGAGUGCGUGAUGAGCUAUGUGGAUGACCCGAGGGAUCGAAGCGUUGUGUCACAGGUCUGCAAGAAAUGGUUCGCGAUCGACGCACUCACCAGAAAGCAUGUGACUGUGGCCUUCUGCUACACGAUCCGGCCCUGCGAUUUGACACGGAGAUUCAAGCGGCUGGAGUCCCUGAAGCUCAAAGGCAAGCCAAGAGCCGCUAUGUUUAAUCUUAUCCUUGAGGAUUGGGGGGGUUACGCCAGGCCGUGGAUUGACGAGAUCUCUACUUCGUGUCAAUGCUUAAAGCGGCUUCAUCUGAGGCGCAUGGUUGUUAAAGAUGAAGAUCUGGCGGUGCUCAUGAGAAGCCACGGUCAUAUGCUGCAGGCCGUUAAGCUCGAAAAGUGCUCUGGCUUUUCCACCCUUGGACUGCUUGCGAUUGCCCGGGCUUGCAGAUCUCUUAAGGUGCUCCUUCUAGAGGAAAGUUUGAUAAAAGAUGAAGGUGGGGAAUGGCUGCAUGAGCUUGCUUUACGGAACUCUUCAUUGGAAGUGCUGAAUUUCUAUCUCACAGGAUUAGAAAGUACUGAUUUGAGCGAUCUUGAGUUACUAGCCACAAAUUGUCGAUCGCUAACCUCCUUAAGGGUAAAUGAAUGUGAUAUUUUGGAUUUAAGAGGUGUUCUGGAGAAAGCUACAGAAUUGGAAGAAUUUGGUGGUGGUUCAUUUUGUAGUAGCGAUGAGAAUGCAGCAGAGGAAAAUAAAUAUGAAAAUGUUAGAUUUCCUACCAAGUUAAUAUCACUUCUGGGGCUAACUUACAUGAGCGAGACUGAGCUGCCUUGUAUACUUCCACGUGCUUGUAACCUGAAGAAAUUGGAUUUACAGUUUACAUUCUUGAGCACAGAAAAUCAUUGCGAGUUAAUUCGCAUGUGUACCAAUCUUGAAAUUCUAGAGGUAAGAAAUGUCAUUGGAGACAGAGGUUUAGAAGUUGUUGCAAAUCACUGCAAAAAGUUAAAACGACUCAGAGUGGAGCCUGGAGAAGAAGAAGGCAUAGAUGAUGUGCAAGGUUUAGUCUCUCACAGAGGGCUUUCUACAGUAGCUCAGGGAUGCACCGAUCUGGAAUUCAUUGCUAUCUAUGUUUCAGAUAUAAGCAAUUCAGCACUUGAGACUGUUGGUGAAUUUUGCAAGAAUUUGAGGGAUUUUCGGUUGGUUUUGUUGGAUAAAAAAGAACAGAUCACUGAUCUGCCACUUGAUAAUGGAGUCAUGGCUCUGCUGCGUGGAUGUCACAAGUUGAACAGAUUUGCAUUAUACGUGAGGCCUGGAGGAUUGACAGAUACAGGGCUUGGUUAUAUUGGGAAGUAUAGCACAAAUGUAAGGUGGAUGUUAUUGGGAUUUGCUGGAGAAAGUGACCAGGGCAUCCUUCAACUUUCACAUGGAUGCUCAAAACUGGAGAGGCUUGAAAUGAGAGGUUGUUGUUUUAGUGAAUCUGCAAUAGCAUCUGCAGUGCUGAAUUUGAGAUCAUUGAAGUAUAUAUGGGUACAGGGAUAUAAAGCAACACCAAGGGGAGAGAGACUUCUGGGUAUGUCACGACCAUUUUGGAACAUUGAGUUUACCCCACCUCAUAUGUCGUCGGAGGGACAAUUGGAUGGAGAUAUUAUUGAAGAAAACCCAGCACAAAUACUAGCUUACUAUUCUCUUGCUGGAAUGAGAACAGAUAAUCCAGAGUCUGUGAAGCUUUUGUCAUUUUGGUGAUAAAAGUUAGCAGCAGUUUAAGUUGGAGUAUGCAUUUCAACCAACAUGAUUGUGUCAUGGAACAGAUUACAGUAUGCAGGGAAAGGAUACAGGCAGCUGGACCAUUGUGGUUUUUCCACUUAAUGGUGCCGUCCAAUACUUAGGAGAAAGAAGUUUGCCAAUUUCCUUUCUGUGCACUUUUGCACAAGCUUUGGUAGAAGGAUCUUUUGGCGGACAAGAAGCCCUGCCAUUGUGCUUUCUCAUUUCCUCUCUACUGCAUUUGCUUCCUGGCACUAAGAAUCCGUAUGUAGAGGUAUGGAUUUGGAGACUGCUAUUAUGCAUGUUCUAUAUGCAUUGUGCUUGAACAGUUUAGGCUAAUUCCAUUCCAUGCGCUCAGAUUCAAGGUAUAGGUUCUCUAAGGCCUAAAGAAUCUCUUAAGCAGUUUGAUGCUUUAAUUAAUAAUUAGUUCUUUAAGAGCCUUUGGAGCUGCUAAUCCCAACACUGAAGUGGGCAUUCAUGAAGCUUGAGCUUUUUGUCAAUAUUGAAAACCUGCACCUGAGAUGAGAUUUUAUGAGCAAGCCCAUUUUAACUUUUUUUACUACAAUUUUUUCUGAAGUAUGCACAUUAUUCAAUGACAUUUUUCACCACCAGCCUUUUACUGAAUAAGUAUGUGUCGAUUGGAAGUGGAUGUAGUCUAUAUCAGGUUAUUAUUUUUUGAGGCAGCAGUUGUUAAUGACAAAUACUCACGUAACUUGUUAUUUUGACAGUUGCACCCAAGAAUUGUGUUUCAUGAUUAACAAAUAAUCUGGAUUUAUGCUCA